GCACCGCCUCUCGCCCCUGGCCGCCGCGCGCCUCCGCGGACACGCACUUCCUGCAAGGCCUCCUUGCUCACCUUAGCCGAUCCGAACCGAGCUGAGCCCAUUCUUGCUCUUCCAAGCUGUUCGCCAUGGUGGACGAGCUGGUACUGCUGCUGCACGCGCUCCUGAUGCGGCACCGCGCCUUGAGCAUCGAGAACAGCCAGCUCAUGGAACAGCUGCGGCUGCUGGUGUGCGAGAGGGCCACCCUACUGCGCCAGGUACGUCCGCCGAGCUGCCCGGUGCCCUUCCCCGAAACGUUUAACGGUGAGAGCUCCCGCCUCCCUGAGUUUAUCGUGCAGACGGCGUCUUACAUGCUCGUCAACGAGAACCGGUUCUGCAACGACGCCAUGAAGGUGGCAUUCCUAAUCAGCCUGCUCACCGGGGAAGCCGAAGAGUGGGUGGUGCCCUACAUUGAGAUGGAUAGCCCCAUCCUAGGUGAUUACCGGGCCUUCCUCGAUGAGAUGAAGCAGUGUUUUGGCUGGGAUGACGACGAAGAAGACGACGAAGAAGAUGAAGAAGCUGAUUACUAGGCCGGGAGACCCUCGAGCCUAGGGGGGUGGGCCCUGCACGCCGCCACCACCCCCCGCCCCGCUUCGCCCCUCCCGGAGCCGCGACACUUCCCUCGCUCCCUAUCUGCUUCCCUACUCUUAGCUCUGGUUCUCUUCCUUAUUCCCCGCCGCCCCGCCCCCGUAGUGUUUGUCUUUGUUCUGGGAAUAGUGCUACAGUUACCUGCUGCUGGGGCUGGGGCCUCUCUGAAGUGCGCUGCCUCCCACUCAGGCCAGUCCCAGGGCCCAACCCUGCUAAUUUGAACUGUGUUCUGAGCCCCAACUAUAGGGCAGACUGUUACAAACUGGUCAGACUACCCACAGCCCUGCCGAUUGUCAGGCCUACAUCUGCCCAGAGACCGACGCUGCCACCUAACCAACCUCCAUCACAUUCCAGCGACACACCAGGCCUUUGGAGAUAAGGACCAACCUAGAGGAUGCUUUUAGUUGGCUAUACCACCUGGGACAUUGAUUUGGACUGCUCACGCCCCCCCCCCCCCAACGAGGGGCUAAUCUUUGCACCUGGUUCGUUCCCUCCUUUCCUAACUCAUAGGGUCUUCUCCUGCCUCACCAGGUUGCUGCAGGGGCCCGUUGUGCCUGGCAGCCAAAUUAUUGACAUUUCUCCUAUGCACCAGUUUUGCACAACUGUCAUUUUUCUUUUAAAACUGAAGCAGUCCCACAGCUGUGUGCAUUUGGACAAAAAUACUAAAAACAAAAACCAGACAGACAAAAGCAGGUACUCAGCCCAGCUCCUCAAUACUACAUAGAAAAAGCAUUUGCAUUCUUUUCAAUAAAUAUCAAGCACUACGGAAAAAAAAGAGCGUCUUUUAAUGGUUAAGUGCUAUCAUUGGCCUUUGCCACUCUCACCCUGACUCCCAUUAUUCCUAUUGAUAUCAGAGAGCCUAGUUCAAUCCCAUUAUUCUCUACUGUCAUGUCUGGGCAAUAGAGGACUGCUACUACAGAGCUUUAUAGGGAAUCUGGUGCUCCCCUCACCAAGGCACUUUUUAAAGCCCUGGUGAAGUGAGUGUCCUCUGGGGCUUCCAGGAUGGGAUGAAUAAGGGGUAGUUGAGCAGAUGGCACACCAUCCCAAACUGGGACACUCGAGAGAAAAAGGGAGCACUAUUACUAAUCGGAAUGGGACAGUAGGCGUACAUCAGGGCACAUACCAUAUUCCUGUCUUCCUGAGCUUUUGGGUUCUUUCUCAGCCCUGCCAGGCAAGUGCUGCCUCUUAACUCUUAUUCCCUGCAGGGUGCUGUUUGAGUUCAGGCUUCCAUAAACAAGGCAGCACAUUGUUUCAAUACCCAUUUUAGAUGCUUGAGCUAAUGUUAAAUCCUGAAUCCUGGGUAAAUGCACCCAUAAGUGGAGCCAGAUUUUAAUGUUUCAUCCUCCUUGGGCAGAUAACCCUUAGGAUCCCCACCCGUCUGUGUGCCCCAGAUUCCUGCCUGUAGAAAUCGACAAGAUGCUUGGCUAUCUCCCAUACUAGAUCUUGUAAUGCUGUCUGAGCUGUGCUGAGAUCUCUUUGUGGGCCUGGAGGGCUGGAGGCCCUAAGGGAGUGGGGUGAGUGCUGAGAAUAAUCUCUACCUUUGUGAGCCCAUAACCCCAGGUUAAGUCUUUGAAAUGUUAAAUCAGGGAAGCCUGAUUAGGGGAUUUGUGGGGCCUAUCGCUGCCAGCCAGGAACUGUCAGGAGGAUUUGAGGGGUUCAGAAUUCUGAUUCUUACAUGUAUCUGCCCAGAUGUCUUCUAUACCAUGCCGGGAACCAGCCCUACUUUAGAACCUCUAAUUUAGAUAAUAAAAUUCCUUCUUGUUUAA